GCGAAAUGUAAUUCCGUCGCCGACAUCACUCACCUCAACUUCCCACUUCAAUUUUCAGACAAACAGUGUGCGAUAUCAUGCAUUGAAGCGCCAAUUGUGCCCGGAACACACAUUGAAGUAUAUUAUUCACCCCCGGAUACAUUCGAACAAUUUGAUUUUGUUCAUUCUUGAUGGCAAUUCGAUAGUAUACCUCUUCUGGCCGCAUUAGCAAUGACACUCGGUGGAAAUGGCCGCCUUCCGCGGUCUCUACUCCGAAACCUGGGAGCAAUGUCACGCAGCGGUACGCUGCGAGCUCCCCGUUGUUCAAUCCCACAGCGCUUUGGUCAAAGAGUUCCGGUAUCCAGGUCAAAUGUGCCAUUUGGUUCAAGGAACACAUCUUCAACUUCACCAGCUGCUCCAGUAAGUGAGGCUGCCACAGAAACUGCGAAACCCGCCGGUAGAAAAAUGAAGAGAUAUUUUCUCGGAACGACAAUCGUUCUUUUCCUCUGGGGCGGCUAUCUCUAUGCGACUGACACCCGGGCGAGUGCCCAUCGGUGGAUUGUCCCGCGCCUGAUUAGGUGGUAUUAUCCAGAUGCGGAAGACGCUCAUCAUGCGGGAGUGGAUUGGUUGAAAUUUCUCUAUCAGUUUGGCCUCCAUCCCAGAGAAAGGGGAAAUCCGGAUGGCGACGGCAAAUUAGUUACUGAGGUAUUUGGCUAUACCCUUAGCAAUCCGAUUGGGAUAUCUGGUGGCCUUGAUAAAGACGCAGAGAUCCCGUCAGCCCUGUUUGAGCUGGGGCCUGCCAUCGUUGAGGUUGGCGGAACUACACCGCUUCCUCAGGAAGGAAACCCCAGAAGUCGAGUGUUUCGUAUCGUCUCGCAGAAUGCUUUGAUCAAUCGGUACGGGCUUAACUCCAAAGGAGCAGAUCAUAUGGCUGCCGUUCUCAAGCAACGAGUUCGCGAGUUCGCCUAUGCCCACGGUUUUGGAUGGGGUGAAUCUGCGGAACAACGGGUGUUAAAUGGAGAAGCAAGUGUCCCGGCAGGCAGUCUAAUCGAAGGCAAGCUUCUCGCCGUCCAGAUUGCGAAAAACAAAAACACACCAGAGGCGGACAUCGAAGCCGUCAAGAAAGAUUACGUUUACUGCGUGGACCAGCUAGGAAAAUAUGCGGAUAUCCUUGUUGUGAACGUGUCCAGUCCAAAUACCCCUGGCCUACGAACGCUGCAGGAAUCAGGGCCCCUGACUGCACUACUUAAGGGUGUCGUCCAUGCUGCAAAACGCACCAGUCGGACGACCAAACCUUACGUAAUGGUCAAAGUAAGCCCGGAUGAGGAUACGGAUGAGCAAAUCUCCGGGAUCUGCGACGCCGUCUGGGCAUCUGGCGUGGACGGAAUUAUUGUGGGAAAUACUACCAACACCAGGCCUGCAGCAAUACCCACGGGCUACAAGCUGUCCGCCCGCGAGGAAGAGACGCUAAAAGAAACGGGUGGGUUUUCGGGCCCACAUUUGUUCAACAAAACUGUUUCCCUCGUCGCGAGAUAUCGAGCGCUACUUGAUAAAACCCCCGUAUCUGGCGAUAGUGGCCCUGACAGCACACCACCAUCUUCUGAAUCCGACGCUAUGACAUCACCGGCGAAACCCCACUUGGCUCCAAAAGUGAUUUUUGCAUCUGGAGGAAUCACGAAUGGCGAACAAGCUGCGAAGGCUCUUAAAGCUGGGGCUAAUGUAGCCAUGCUUUAUACGGGAUUGGUUUACGGGGGCAGUGGGACGAUUACCAGAAUGAAGGAAGAGAUGCGAGAGCUGGAGGACAAGGCGGAGAGGUAAUUGGAUUGUUUGGGACACUUGAUUUCUUUUCAUUUUGUGUGACCGCGUACAGUGCUUUCGCUACGGAGUCUAGAAAAAGGGGAGGCCAAAAAAAGCAUUUAGAAGUCCACAUAUUAGAGGGCAAACACGGAAACGGAAAAGCAACAAACAAAUCAGUCAUUGUGUUUUUCUUUUGAUUUCCGGAUAUGAUUGUAACAAUGCCUUGUCUAUAGUUCUGCUUUUCCAAGCCCAAAAACCUCAUCUAUAACAUCAAAAUACAUAAGUGUGUGAAUCAUAAGCCAUGGGGUAAAUUUUGGUCCCAUUUCCUUCUUUCCUCGUCAAAUCAAAUGGUAUAUAGGGGACAAACAAAGAAAAAGAAAUGGAGGAGAAGGAUCGACCUCCUCCACUCCAACGUUCCAAAGUUAUUUGUCAAAAAGGGCAAAAGCGACAAAAUUCCAGCCAUCAUCAAAAGUCUUCCAGAGACAAAAAAAAAAAAAAAAAAAAAACCCACUUCUUAGCAAGCAAACUUAGCCUCAUACUCGCCAAUAACCUUCACCUUAGCCGAGGAGGCACUGCUGGUAUCAAAGCGAUAGUUCAACCAGUCAGCCGCCAACUUCUUUGCCAGCUCGAUGCCAAUAACUCUCUGGCCAAAGCAGAGCACCUGGGCAUCGUUGCUGAGAACGGAUCUCUCAACAGAGAACGGAUCGUGAGCGGUAACGGCACGGAUGCCCGCAACCUUAUUGGCGGCAAUCGCCACACCCAGGCCGGUUCCACAGAUCAGAAGUGCGCGAUCGGCUUUUCCUUCCUUGAUGAGCUGGGCGGCCUGGACGGCGACGUGCGGGUAGGCUGUUUUGUCAUCGGCGGAGGGAACGCCCACGUCUGUGAUGGAGGCGACGAGGGGGUUGUUUGAUAGGUGGGCUUUUAGGGUUUCUUUGUAGCUGUGGCCGGCCUCGUCGCAGGCCAUGACAAUGCGGAGGGGUGCGGGAGUCAUUCUGGUCGGGGUAGAAAGGGUUUGGAUGGCGUAGUUGCGGAUGUUUUGUGGUGAUGUAGGUGAUAAAUUGGAGGCUUUCAAGAGGAAGCUCUGAUUAGGUAGAAGAUAUACGGGAGGGGGGAUUGAGAGAUAUGAUUUUUGUACAGAUGUAGAGAAGAGGCGGAUGGAAAAAGGAGCAUCAGCGCGAUAUAUAUACCCAAAAGUCUGACAUCCCACAUCCCACGUCGCUCUCUUACAAAGGACAAAUAAAAACUGGAGAACUUUGAGAGCUACAGCCAGUGAUUUGGCGGUGAUUUGGCAUUUCAAUAACAUUUUCAUCUCCAUCCAUCUCCAUCAUCCCCUUUGAUUUGAGCUGGAUACCUCAUUACUAAACGGCCGAGCGGCGAAAUCUGGUACACCACCCCCAUGGUCUCCAUAGCGGUACGGAAAGACAAAAGCAAGGCCAACCAAUGAGUGCCCGUGGAAUAUGAAGGCGCAGUACCUGAAGCAGCCUAUAUCGCUAGGUAUUUUGCCAUUAACAUGGGAUAGAGACGGAUGUUUCUAUCAAUUGGCAGCGGCAAGGAUGCUAUGGUUAUUGCUAUGGAAAGCAGUAAUGAAAAAUAGCGCUCAGGGACCCUCUUGACCGUCUUUUGCAUCGCACGAUGAUGUCAUGGCGAGAAAAGAAAGCCACUCAGGUACACAUACAUGAACAGCGACAUACUUACUACCUUUGCCUUUGUUCCCACCGCAUGGGCAUUGGCGGUACUGCUCC